AUGACAGGUGUUGAUAUAAAAGAGAUUAUAGGUGAUUACAAUUUAUUCUUGAGAAUAUUGUUGGGACAUCUCAAGGAGAAAGGUAUAGAUAGUGUCAUCGCAAGAGAACUACCAGUUGAAAAAGUCACAGUUUCUCGAGUCGGGACAUCAGUUGCUUGCAGAGACACCUGUCAACGGCAGAUUGAUCAGUACGUUCAAGCUGGCGGAACCACUGCGCUACGUCGAUCCACUCGACGGAUCGGUACGGUUGGUACCUAUGGUAGAGCUACCCUCGCCAAAGCCGUCACGACCACAACUCGACGGACUGGAACACGCAGAAGAAUCGACGCUCGAUCCGAUGCCAAGACCGUUCUAGAGGCAUUGAACAAGGAGUUAAAUGCCGACGUAGAGUUUGAAUUUGUAUUAACAGAGCAAGAGAAGAGAGAGAUCAAUCACCCCGAGGAGCGAAUGAGUGAAAGACGUACUUUCUCUGCCAAAUUUCACCAUCAAUCUUUAGAAAAAGUAAUUGAAAUCGAACUUGAAAUGGAAAAGAAUAAUCAUAAAUAA